AUGGGACCACUUGACAUCCGUCCUGCUUCGUGCAUGGACACUGGAAGUGCAUCACCAGUCUCUCACAGUUUCAAGAGGCACACGAGAGUUUCUCAUUCGAAGACUCGCAAAGGUUGUGUGAACUGCAAGAAGAGAAAGGUUAAAUGCGACGAGCAGCGUCCUGCUUGUUUCAACUGUGAUAGACUACAAGAACAUUGCCAAUAUCUGCUCGUACCCCCUAAAAAGAGCCCCGCAAGGCGAACCUCUCCUUCAAAGAUAGCCAACUCUCAAAAGCCGGCCGAACCUUUGGGGCCAACCGAAUCUCCAAGUAUGGCAGUUAGUGGCAGUGGCGGCAUCAAUCUCGUCGAUCUCGAGUUAUUUCAUACUUACUCGACCUCGACUUACUCGACCCUCUUCACGACCUCAGCACUACGAGAAUUUUGGAGGAUAACUGUCCCGCGCUUGGCCAUCCAAAAUGAUUACCUGAUGGGGGAGAUACUCGCGCUUGCAGCAUUACAUCUUGCACAUUACCGGCCAGACCAGCGACAACAGUAUCUGUCAAUUGCCCUAACACACCACCAAGCCGCUUCCCAGAAGGCUAUGGAAUUACUCAAAGAUAUCAAUCCGGGAAAUGCUGAGGCUCUGUUUUUGUUCUCGAGUUUGACAACUGUCGUUACAAUAGCCACGCCGAAGCGAUCGAGACUCUGUGGAAUCGUGCCAGAGGACGGCGACUUCGAAGACUGGAUAUAUCUGGUCCAGGGCACCAGAGAACUCCGAGCAGCGAUGGGACAAGAUGUAUCUCAAACAUCCCUAGCACAAAUUUUCGCGUACUCCCAACAAAGGUGGUCCAUACAUCAUUCUUUCCACUUAACAUAUGAACGUAGCGAUGAAAUAUUAUACGAGCUGGAAACCCGAAUCAGAUCCCAUGUUAUUGACGUCGAGAAGUUGGAAAUCUUGAUCGAACGGAUCAACAGUUUACGAUGGACAUCGUGCCAGGCAUUCUACUGGGAGGCAAGCGACUUGUUCUUCUGGCUUUCUGGAGGCAUCGAUGGAUUCCUGCCCCUUGUCAAAGCGCGAGAUCAAGAAGCUUGGGUUGUCCUGGCUCACUUUUGCCCGCAGCUGAAGAAGGCAGAGACGCAGUGGUGGUUGCAAAGUUGGGCGGAUUGCAUCAUGCGCAAGAUCCACCAGCAGCUUGAUGAGGAGCAUAGAUCGUGGAUCUUGAGGCCGGCGGAGGAUAUGGGAUGGAUUGCACCAGUAACGCCAGUGUCUAAUACGUUACCAGCGAUCAAAGUCUGA